AAGGAGCCGAGUCACUCUUCAGAUCCAAAGUUUGAACCUUGGAAGUGAUGUUGUCCACUCCGGUAGCCUUGGUCUCUGCACGAGCUAGACGGCGGAGCUGAGCUGGGGUCAUCGGCACUCCGGAGCGUGAUCGCUUGUCCAUAGUUGACUGCAUAUAGUCUCAAGAAUCGACUAAACGGUGGACGGUGAUCUGCCUAUUUAUACACUACCUGGAAUCUCACUGUUCACACCUUCAUGACAAUGUUUUUCCAGACGACACACGCCAGGCCACUGAGUGUAUAUAAUAGAGGAGACGACACUUCUUGUUUAUAACAACCAUGGCUGCAAGCAAGACGAACGAAAGGAGGUGGUUUCGCUCACACUGGAGCGGAAUACGUGCAUCACUGGACAAGAGCAUCGGGAAAGGCUUGCCAGCAUUUGCGGUACAACUAGACUUCGACAGAAACUGGAAGUUUUGUGGGCCUCCCGAAGUACUGGAGGUCAUGAGGGGCGUGCAGGACCAACUGGAGAACGCCAUGUACCGGUGGCAAAUGGCUAACCGGGAGGGAUCGGAGGACUCAGAGAACUCUGGCAUGCUGACUUGUGUUACUCUCUGCAAGCCGUCCGUCCCCGUGGAACAGCUCAAAGCUGGCGAGGUUCGGUCAGUCUUGUCCUCUUGGAUCCGGGCGUUGAGUCCAGGAAACGCCUCGCCCAACUACGGGGAUCCGACGGCAAGGCCGGUUUACUGGCCAGAGACCGUCCCGUGGCAGCCACCAUCGAAGCCUCCGAAGGGAUUCCCAGACUGGACUGGUGCGCUGAAGGGCAUCCUUAGGAAUAUCCUUCUUCAUGUCGGGGAAGACCCCGACACAUACUACCGCGCCGACGCCGAUCGCGACCAGAGCAACCCCGACCGCCCGAUCAGCCCCGACGGGCCAACCAACUCGACCGUCCAACCGACCCCGAUCAACUCGACCGUCCGACCGACCCCGGCCCCCCGAUCGUCCCAGACCAACCCGACCGUCCGACCGACCCCGGUUCCCCGUUUGACCCAGACCAACCUGACCGUCCGACCGACUCCCGCCAUCCCAGACCUUUCAACCAAUCCCGACCGCCCGACCGAUCGCUCGACCGAUCCGGACCGCCUGACCAACUCAGUCGGGCCGACCAACGAUGACAUCCCGACCAACCUCCACCGCACCACCCCUGACCGGUCGACCAACCCCAUCCCGAACCACCACUCAACCACAUCAACCCCGGACUUCUCCAUGCUCCAGAACUCACCUGACAACCUGUCAUCGCUAGUUCAGCAACACCUAUCUCCUCAUCUGUCACCACCAUACCCACCUCCUCCAGACGUAGCAGACGUGUCCCCCAUCCAGGUCUCCCCCAUCCAGGUGUCCCCCAUCCGUCAGAAAAGAGCACACAUGGAACCUCAAUUCAGCCCCAGGCAACCAAGCUUACGGAUGAAGAAACCAAGGAACAUAUGGGUAUAUACACCAUCAAACCCUACCAACCCUACCGCUGGACCGUGUUGA